UUUUGUUUCUGACUUAAUUGAAGCAUUUACAGUUUUAGUCUCAAGGGGGCGUUGAUUGCAAAUGUACACACUACACUGUGGAUCUGCUAGAAACCUCUUUCAGACUUAAUCUCUCUGUGUUCAAGAAAGACAUGAAAACAGGAAUGAACGGUGAGAAUAAAAUGAAGAGUUGUCAGAAUAUAGAGUAUCGCAUAUUGUAAACAUUUCCCUGAAUCAGAAGAGCUCGGCCUGCAAUCCUUGUUUUUGUUGCAUUUCUGUGAAUGUGUGAAACAGUAAUGUGACACCAGGCUCAUUUGAUGCUGGAAUAUUUUUUGUUUGCAGGUCUAACAGGUGCAGGAGUUGAAUGAGGACACGACUGCUACUCUGUUGACCUGUUUCUUGCAUAGAGCUGCAUUUCCUUUUUUGCUGUCAGUAAUUGGUUCAUUGGCCCCACACACUGCAGGCCCUCCUUUCUGCAUGACACAUGAAGAACAGAAAGGAAAACACAGACACACAGUUGACAGCUCACACACAGACGCCCAAGGAUGACCCUCUCUUGCAUGUGCUUUUGUUUGUUCGUAUGGAUGGCAGUGGCUUUACUGCCCACCUUCCAAGCUACGCCGUCUGUUCUCUACGCCAAAAUCAACGGCUCGGAAAGUAUGUCCUGUGAAUGUCCAGAUCACUCCUGCCAGGAGGUUUUUUGGUACCGAUACCUUAAGAGGACAAAGACUCUUCAGUUCCUCUUGUAUGUCAACAGCGCUGGCAGAGAGCAACAUGGAGAAAACCUGAUCGCCACUCGCUUCAAGGGCUCGGUGUCCUCUGGUCAGAGGGUGGUCUACACCCUGCGUAUAACAGGACUUCAGGAGGAAGAAAUCGGCCUCUAUUCCUGCAUGUUUAAAACCAAAAAUAUUAUGCCUGUUGGAUAUUACAUAAUGCCUGGAGUGAAUCCUCCGACAGAUCAGCCGCCAACAGUUAAGACCAAGACACCCAAGAAGACCUGUAAUUGCAAACCCCCCAGCUCUCCUAAAGGCUGUGAACAAUCAGUGCUUUGGCCGGGCAUUGGUGCUCUUUUGCUUUUGGCCAUUACACUUGCUGGCACACUUUACUACUUCAGUCGUCUACCAAAGAAGUGUAGACAUCAAUUUACCAAAACGAAUCAGUUGCGAUGAGGUGGAAGAACACACUCUUCAUGUCGAAACAAAUGCGGUGGUCUUUUUUCUCUCCAAAGUAUGGACCUGUGUCGAAGUCUCUGAAAUUUUGCCAUAGCUUCACAAAUAUCAAAUAUAUUGGUUUUUAGAAUGUAAAAAAAUGUAUAUAUAAAAAUAAUAGCUUAAAUGUACAGUUCAGUGUUUCAUCGGACGUUAUUCAACCAACAGUCCACUUAAUGAAUUAGAUUCAUUGUCUGACUUGACCGAAUCAAACCAGAGCAGAACAUUACCACCAGGAUCACCACAAAACCGAACUCACUCUAAACUUGGACUAACCUCAGCUGUCUUAAUCGAGCUUCGAGUUUUGUUCUUGCCAGUACA